AUGCGACAACCAGCAGCGGCGACAGCAGCAGCAACAUCGACUGCUGCGCUGGCGGAAGCGGGGGGACCUUACAUGCGUAAGGAAAGCAGAAGCAAUAGCAGCAGCAAUAGCAGCAGCAAUAGCAGCAGCAAUAGCAGCAGCAACAACAACAAGGUCCUGGUGGAGUUCGACAGCACCCACGAGUUUGGGGUGUAUGUACACUUCCCGUUUUGUUUACGCCGCUGUCAUUUCUGCGCAUUUCCCAUUGCGCUUCUCCCCAACAGCAGCAAUGAGGCAGCCGGAGCAGCCGCAGCAGCAUACCUCCCCCUGCUUCUGCAAGAAAUGCAGUCUGAGUUCGAGGCUUUCCUGCUGCCUCACAAACGCGUCGUGCAGCAGCUGCAGCAACAACUGCGAAGGCAGCAAGGGCAGAAGCCACAGUCAGGGGGCUCACUGACGGAGAUGCCUCCUUCGCCACCACUGAUCACGGAUUUGCAGGAGACCAUGCUGCCUGCACUUCUUCCAAUCGUCGCUCUCAAUACGACAAGCAGAAGCAGCAGCAGCAGCAGAGCAAUCUUCCGCCUCCCCGACCCCCAAGUAGAGGCUCCACACGCACAAGGACGUACAGCAGCUGCAGCACCAGCCACGCGGCUGCUGCGAAGCGUGUAUUUUGGGGGAGGCACACCGUCUUUGAUGCCUCCAGAUAUGCUGCAGCAGCUUCUCCAGCGCAUCAAGCUCUUCGAGAAAGACUUGCUGCAAGUGUUGCAGCAGCAGCACCUGCUGCGGGAAGCCCUCCAGCAGCGAAAGCAGCCUCGAUGCCAUUCCCGAACGCAGUAUAUCCAAUCGCAGCCAUGCGCAGAAGAGCCAGAGGUAUCUAUUGAAAUCUAUCCAGGCACACUCGACGCAGCGCGGCUGUCUGCGUAUUUGUCGGCGGGUGUCACGCGUUUCUCUCUGGGUGUACAGACACUCCACGAGCCGACGCUUCAGGUACUGGGCAGACUUCCAGCAAACUGCGGCGGCAGCAGAGAAGGCAGCACCAGCAACAAGAAGAAUGGGCAAGCCAGCCACGCUCUCGACAGUCUGCGUGCCCUUCGACUGCUGAAGUCGUUCAACCUCCUGCACAAAACCUCAGUAGACCUCAUUUGGUCUGUACAGACGCAGCAGCAGCUGCUGCGCGAGCUGCAGUUUCUAAGCCGCCUCCACGUAGGCCAUAUUUCGCUCUACGAACUCCAGCUUGAUGAAGGGUCGAGAUUCUAUAGAAAGCCUCCCAAAGGACUCCCUUCAGUCGCGCAAUCCGCUUCUGCUCUAGCGGCCGCAUCGCAGUCAAUACACGCACUCCAGUUGGAGGCUAAGCUACACUUAAAUACUGUCUACUGUACCAAAUAUGCUCAACUGCGAACUGGCAAGGAAUUGAGCAAUUGGCUUGUCUGUCCACCUCAUUCACUGCAACGUUUGCCCGGCAUUACAUGCACAUUGGCACGCGGAAUGAAGCAACCCGCACGAAUCAAGAUCUUCAAGGGAGCGUCACACGAGCUCUUCCGUACACCUCACAGCCUUCCUCUUUCUCUGCUCUUUUUAUGCGCCUUUGUUGCGUUUUCAGACAGCAAACCCGGACCCCGCGUAGACGCACACGACACCCCAGAUGAGCAGCCACAGCUGCUGCCACAAAAGCAGCUGCUGCCUAGCUACCGUUGCGCACACUCUCAGCUGUACUGGAGGGGAGGAACGGUUUUUGGUGUUGGCAUGGGAGCUGCUGCGUUCCUUAGAGGCCAGAGACGAACAAACCCAAAAACCCUGAAGGCUUACACGACCCUCUACAAGAAGCUCCCCCAGGGGGGGUUGCCUCCUCAUGGAGGGCACUCGCGGUGUCAAACUCUUGGUGCGGAGACACAACCAGCACGGCUUACAAGUUGGAUGUACACACGGAUGCAGGAGCUGCUGAUGCUUGGCCUAAGGACCUCGGCGGGCAUUGAUCUGCUGCAUCUGCUGUCGCUUUCACGAGCCGCUGCGCAAGUGGCAGCUGCAGGAGACGCAGCAGCAGCUGCACGCGAUGCAGCUCGGAGCUUCGAGAUGCUACGACAGCAGCCAGCAGCAACAGUCGAGCAGCUGCUGCAAUGCUGCGCGCUCCUGGCGGAUAGUCACAGCGUCGCCAGAGAAGAGGGAGACGCUGCAGCGGAAGCCGCUACGGGAGGAAAAGGAAAAGCGCCAACAGAAUCAGCACGAGCCGAUGGAGCAGCGGCAUUAUUUUUGUUGCAGCAAGUGUUGCCUUCUGUUCUGCAGGGAGCAUCCAGUUUCCUGCAGCGUCCUGAUGUCGCUGAGAUUCAGGUUGGCAUUUCUGCUAGCUCGCCGUUCUCCGCUUCUGACGGCGAUGCAGCCGUAGACACUUCGCUACUUGCAGAGCUCAAGGGCUGCAGUUUGGUGUUGUUGCCGCCUCACGGCCUCCUUUUGAGCGAUGCCCUCAUCAGAGACAUCUUCCUACGGCUUGACGAGAAUGCCAAAGAAAUAGACAAUUUCACAUGUAACGCCAAUUAA